GAGGGAGGCCCCGCCCCCUAGCGCCGCGGGCCGCGCUUUUGUCCGGCGGGGCCGGGGAGGAUCGGAACCGGGACCGGGAUCGGAGCCGGGAUCGGAGCCGGGACCGGGACCGGGAUCGGUGCUGGCAUCGGGAUCGGCACCGGAGCCGCCCAGCGCCGGCCGGGCCCUGCCUACAGGACGCGGCGGCGAUGCUGUGACCUACAUUCGCGACAAGGAGGUCCCCAGCCCGCCGCCACCGCCGCCGGGCCAUGAAGCGACACAAGUGACAGGGCUGGGCGGCCGCGGCCAUGGCCAGCCCGGCACCAUGGCUGCGCUGGACACAAACAGAGCUGACGCGCUGGCCCGGCCAGGAGGAGGAGGAGGAGGAGGAGGAGGAGGAAGACGACUUUGAAAGGCGGAUGGACGAGGAUGGGGUGAUUGGCCUGGGGGAGGGUGCCAGGAGCCCACCGUGGGGUGACAGUGAGGACCUGGAGGAGGGGUCCCCGGCAGAGGAGGGACGCUGGCACCCGCGGCAGGACCCGGCCGAGGAGGAUGAGGAGCGGGGCAGCUCCGGGGGGGACGAGGGGCCCUGGGGGGCAGAGAGCGAUGGGGACCCCUACCCCGAGCUGUCCCCUGGGGGCUGCUGGGGCUCGGGCUCCAGCGGCAGCCCCGAAGCGGUGAGGGACGGCCGGGCUCUCUGCCAGCCCCGGGGCUGCAGCACGGACCGGGGGGACACCUCAGGGCUCUCGGACACCAGCCCUGGCCCUGGCACCCCGUCCCGCCAGCACCAGGACUGGGGCACGGCCGCGGACACCAUCGGGGGGCACAGGCAGGAGUGGAGCCCGAGACGGAGCCUCCCCCUGCAGCUCUCCGCCGAUGGCCCCAGCCCCGAGCGUGUCCCCGAGCCGCAGAGAGCUGGCACAGGGAUGCCAGCCCCCGGCACCGCUGGCUUGGCACCCGCCGGGCAGCCCCAGGGCGCCGGGAAUGCCCGGGCACCCCAAGGGCACGGCAGAUCCCGAGCGCCCAAGAAAGCAGCGCCCGCGGUGGUGCCCCCCAAGCCCGCCCGGCAGUCGCGGUCCCUGAGCCCCCGGAGGCGAACGGGUGCCAAGGGGACGAGGGAUCCCUCGGGAACGGGCACCGAGGGCACCCAGUACGGCCGAGGGCGGCUCAACCACCCCCUGCCCGACCUCUCCAAGGUGGAGGCGCGGGUGAAGUUCGACCAGAGCUACCGCCCGCCCCGGGGCCGGGUGCUGCCCGCCCGCCCCCGCGGCCCCGGGGGUCCCAUCGGCUUCAAAUCCCCGGCCGAAAUCGUCCGGGAGGUGCUGCUGAGCAGCGGGGAGGGGGUGUCCCCGCAGCCCCCCAGCACGGCCGGGCUGCCGCAGGAGUUCAGGUCGCCCAGACAAGCCACGGCGCUGGUGCAGCAGCUGCAGGACGACUACCACAAGCUGCUGACCAAGUACGCCGAGGCUGAGAACACCAUCGACCAGCUGCGCCUGGGCGCCAGGGUGAGCCUGUUCUCCGACCCGCCGCAGCCCAGCCGCAGCCUCGCCGUGGGCACCGUGGGCACCGGGAGCCGCGUGGUGACCCUGAGCAUCCCGCAGGCACGGACAGCGGCUCUCGGCGCGGCCACAGCCCCGGCCUCGCCAGGUGCAGCAGCUGCAGCCCCGGCACCAUCAGAGCAGGGGGGUUCACCCCAACCUCGGUCCCCUCCUGUGCCCGGGGGGGGCUGCCCCACCUGCCCCGGGCCGUGCUGCUGCCCCGGGCCCCGGCUCACCCGGGCCCUGGCGGGGCAGAGCCGCCGGCUGCAGGCACAGGUGGAAUCCUUCGAAAGCUGGCUGCGUGCAGGGACCCCCACCCCCUCGGAACAGCUCCAGGUGCGUCUGUCCCUUCCCGAACCCCAGCCUGGGGGGCAGCAGGGCCACGGGGGGUGCCCGCGGCCCAGUGGGCAGGCUCGGACCCCGCACCCUGUGCAGCAGAGGAUGAGGAUGCUGAAGGACGCGCAGGAUGCGCUGGAGCGGGAAUACCUGAGGGGCCGGCAGCAGCUCCCGGCAGCGGCGGGGGGGUUUGAUCCUGACCGGGCAGUGGAAGGGGAGAUUUACCGCCUGGGGCUGCGCCUGGAGGGGCUGAAGGAGCGGCUGGAGCCGGGGGGCAGGCGGCAGCCCCUCCCUCACCCCUCCCCGCACCCUGCGCUGGUGGAGGGUCCUCGAGGGACAGCAGGGGACAGCGACGGGGUGGCAGGGGGGCUGCCCUGGCCCCUCUGGCACAAACAGCGCCAAGUGGAGGAGGAUUUCGGGGACCUGCUGGAGCAGUACAAGCACUUCAAGUCCUUGCCAGAGUCGCUGAGCCUGGAGCAGCUGAGCCUGGCGGGGAGCGGGUCCCAGGAGGAGGUGGAUGCACCCGCGGCGGGGGACGGUGGCCCCAGCAAGGUCCCCUGCAGGACACGGUCGCUGGAGGAGGAACCCAACCUCGACUCCUUGCCCUUGCACCUCCAGCAGAGAAGAGCUGCGACGCUUCCCCCCAGAGGACCCCCAAACCUGGAGGAGACACGGGGCCAGCCCUCCCCUGUCACUGCUGAGGAGCCGCCAGCCUCUGCCAAGCCUCUGGAGGUCCCUGGGCCACCACGGGUGCCCCUGUCCCUCCGUGGGACAGGCAGCAGUGCCACCCAGCACGGGCCCCGCACGGAGCAGCGCAUCGUGUCCCCAGAGACCGACAGCGGCUUCGUGGGCUCGGAGGCCAGCAGGGUGUCACCCCCCGUGCACACCCCCGAGCAUCCUCCCCCUGGCCCGGGGACUCCGGGCUCGCUGGGACCUUCCGUCCCCAUCCCCAGCAGCCUCCGUACCCCGCGGAAGAGAGAGACGAGCCCGCUUCCCUCCGAGACAGCACUGAUGGGCAUCUACCCGCCGGGGGGCACAGGGGGGCCCCGGCUGCCCCCCAGCAGCCCCUCUCAGAGCAGCUCCCCCCCUCGCUGGGCUGAGAGCGCGGGCAGCGAGGUGGGGCCGGACCCCGACGGUGAUGGCACUCGCACGGACUCGGAGGUGGGAGACAGGAGCUGUGCCAGCGCCGGUGGCCACCCCAUAGCCAUGGCCCGGAGCCCAAGCAGCCCCCUGCCAUCCCCUGAAACGCCAUCCCCCACCCUCCUGUCCCCCGACCCGCCGUCCCCCGACCCGGCUGCCUGUGACCUGCUGGGCUCCCGUCUGGAGCGCGACCGGGCCAUCCGGGCGCUGCAGGACGAGGUGUGGCGGCUGCGGCUGCGGCUGGAGGAGAGCCUGCUGCACUCCCGCAGCCAUCCCGGGGGAAAAGCCCCUUCCUGCCUCACCCCGGCCGGGAGGCAGCCGCUGGCCAGCGGAACAUCGGCCCCGCAGGACGCGGCACCCUCGGGGGACCCGAGCCCCCCGGUACGGGGCAGAGUGGCCCCCGGGCUCACACCCACGCGGAGGGAGAGGUCAGCAUCACUGCCACGGGACAGGCCAGAGCUGGACCUCGCCUCCGAGUCAGAGCCCUCGCCCGCCAGGCCCCGGGCACCCCCCGCCCUGCGGAAGCACCUUGGGAAGCCGCCGGGGCCGGUGACAUCCCGGGGACAGCACACGGGUGACACAGAGCGUCCCCCCCGGCCCCGGGGCCAGCAGCGCUGCCUGAGCCUGCGCCUGGAGGAGCUGGAGGAGCUGGACUGGUCCCUCAGCCGGGCUGUGCAGGCUGCCCGGAGCGCCCGGCUGGCCACGAGCCGCAUCAGCCGGGCGCUGGCCGCCGAGCUGGGCCGGCCGCGGGGCCUGCGCGGCUCCUGCCUCUCCUGA